AGCUGGAAGUUCCGCGCUGAGAGGUAUUCUGUUCUUCCUGAAGCGGACAGGGGGAGGAAGGAAGACUAAAUGGUCGCUUUUCACGUCUCUGACACUCGCAAUGAACAAAACAUAACUCUGAUCUCGGUGUUUGUUCUGUUCCGAACUGCGGUGUGGUGUUGACAGCUGAAUGUUAUCGCUCGUGUAUCAGGGAAUGGGUUUGUUUUUUUACGCAGCUGAACCUGUCAGUCCCGCAGAGGCGACUCUUCAGCAGGCACAGCGAUGCAUUGGGGAGAAUAACCAGAGUUACGUUUGUGAGUCAGGGUACUGCUGUGGAGACCUGCAGUGCUGCAUCAACUACUACGAGUUAUGGUGGAUCUGGUUGCUGUGUGCUUUUAUCUUCAUCCUGACUUGUUACUGUGUGUGUCGUCACUGGCGCAGCAAGCACAGGCAGCAGCAGCAGCAGCGACAGCGUGAGAUCAAUCUGAUUGCCUACAGAGAGGCUCGUAACUACACUUCACCUCCAUUCUACUUCAGGUUUCUACCAAGCUAUCUCCUCCCUGACUAUGAGGACGUAACAAAUCAUCCACUCACCCCACCACCUCCUUACUGUAACUUAAGCGCCGGACCGCCAGCUUGUACCAACAAUGACCAGCAGGAGGCCCAGUGUUCAUCCAGAGAAGCUGCUCCUGUGCUCACAGCAUCGACAGCACUGUGCUCCAGUCCUGACCCAAUGGGGCUUGAGAACUCCAGGGAGAACCAGCACAGAGACUAUGAGAAAGACAGGGAGACAGUGUUGAAGCAGGACAUGGCUUGCGAGGACCAGGUAAGGGAUGAGGAAGUGCCUGAAGAGGAGAAAGAUGGGCUCAUGGGAAGACGGCGCCACUUUACAGGCGACUCUGGCAUUGACGUGUGUUUGUGCAGCCAAGGAACUGAAAGCCACAGAACCAAAGAGCUUGAGGAGCUGUUAAGCAGUGAAGUUAAUGGUGGCUCGAUGGAGUUUUGCGACGACUGUGGAGCUAAAGAUGAUAAGGAUAGUGAAUAGAAGACAAAACUUGACGCACCACCAUCCUCUCUGCCUAUAAUUGCUUACUGUUAAUGAGCAGCAGGGGCCACAGGAGUGUCCGAACUCAAGGAAUGAUAUCAAACACAAAGGAAACAGAGACCAUACCAUGUUCUGUGGAUGGUAUAUAUGUUAUAAAACUUUUGACAGUCUGAUGGUUGAAUUAUUAUUAUUUUUUUUUUAAGACAGGGGAAAGUCUCUUGGUGGAUCCAGAGCCUAUCCUAGAAACACUGGUUUCAGGAUGGGAAGACAUCCUGGAUGGGAUACCAGUCCAUCACAAGGCGUCCAACACACAUUCGUAGACUCAUUCACACUUGGGGUAAGCUAGAUUAGCCAGUCCACUUCCUGGCAUGCUUUGGAAGGUUGGAAGAAACCGAAACUAUGAGCAGUGACUUGAGCUAGUAACAAGAUCCAAAGGUCGCACAUCAUCAUCAGUAGAAUUGUUUGGUUUAAUGAGCCUUUUUGUGUUUUGCUGAGUGCAAAGUUUGGGGUGUCAUCAUAGAGUGCAGGGAUGAGUUCAAAAAACUGUUUCUCAAGAAGAUGUCUGUGAAGAUUCUCAGUCAUCCAGGUCAUGGUAAACUGUGGGUGGUAAAAGAGAGCGACUGGACUUGCUUGAAGAUUCUUGAAGACGUUUCACCUCUCAAAGGAGGCCGUUCACAACCAGCCCCUGGUUGACCCACACCAACAGGAUGACUCAAUGACACCUUAGAUGAGCUUUUCAUCCAUGAGAAGAUAAAUACCUGAUGCUCCCUACCAGUCAGACAGAACUGAAGAAGCCUUUCGGAUGAGAGGUGAAACGUCUUCAAGAAUCUUCAAGCAAGUCCAGUUGCUCUCUUUUACCACCCACUGUUUCUCAAGAACUGCAACUCUGCUUGAGCUGAAAUUUGGUGAUGCCGGCUUACUUAAAAACAUGGCCAACAUCAGCCAAUUGGUUUCAGUUGGCAGUUCACAGGGCUAGCAUUGAGCUAUCAGUAUAAAACUUGAACAGUACGUUCAUUUAUGGCCUCUAUAUAGUUUUAUGUAACUUGACAAGAACUGGCCUAUGGCAGUGAUGUUUGCAAAGGAUGUUUGGACCCUGCUGAUUGGCCCUUGUAAUUUAUACAGUAUUUACAUGUUGAUUUUUGUCAAGUUAUGUAACUGGGGUCAGGUUUAAGUACAGUAAUUCAAGCCUUGAAGUGCUUUUACACGACAACAACUUUCACUUUCAAACCCGUAAAGGUAAAUGACGAAGUACCUUUACAUCGUGCUCACUCGACCGGUCUCUGCUUUGCACAUUUUACAAUCUCUCUUGCCAAAACACAGAAAUUGAGAUUGUGAUUGAUUUUGUUGUGUUAUUUUGCAGUUAUAAUAUACAGCCAUAUAUAGCAAAGUGGCCAAAAAAAGUAAAUAAAAGUUAUGAAAGUUGA